AUGUCAAAUGUUCAUACUGAGAAGGUCAAACGACUCGGUGAAGCGCCCGUCUUUAAACUGCUCUGUUCUUUCUCUGUACCGUGCAUUUUCUCAAUGGUCAUUUCUGCUAUUUACAUGAACGUUGAUGCAAUUUUCAUUGCCAAAUUUCUUGGCACAGACGGCCUAAGUGCGCUAUCUGUGUUCGCCCCCAUUGAUGUCAUAGCUCUGCUUUUCCCCAGCCUGUCUAUGGCAUAUGGUGCCUCUACAUACAUCUCUCCGGCACUAGGCCAGAAGCAGUUCAGAAUAGCUAACUACUAUACGACAGUGUUUAUAUGCAUGGGGCUAAUCUACUGGGGGCUUGCAAUGCUUAUCCUCUUGCCUCUUCUACCCAACAUUCUUUCUAUGUUUAACGCCACGAACAACGUCUUUAGGUACGCGCAGCAGUAUGGUGUUGUUGCUAUUCCUGGAUAUACCAUCACAUACAUGUUUUCUAAUUCAAUGGGCCCUAUCCUGCGUGCAGAGAACAGGGCAAAUCUUUCUAUGUGGCGGCAACUGCUUGGAGCUGUUCUGAACAUCGUCCUUGAUGCGAUCUUCUUUUACUGUGUCCCGAAAAUGGAGUACUACGCGGCAUCGGCGUCCACUUGCAUCAGCCUCCUCAUAGUCUCUAUUUGGAUGGUGUUAAACAUCUUUGAUUUAAUCAAAGGGGGCGUUCUCCGGUGUAAGUUCGGACUUCUGCGAUACAAUGUAGACGAGCUGAGAGACCACGACGAACGACAGCUCCAGUCGUCUUCUGAGACGUCCACAGAAGCCGUUGAGCUAGAAAAUGUGAAAAGUACAAUAGAGAUGGUUCAUGCGGACAUGCAGGAUGGGAUGAGCUUUGAGACAAUUGCAGGGGAACCGUCGUGCCCGCCACAUACUACAGUUGCCGACAACCCUCAGCCGGCUGCUAAGCGAUCUUCACUAGGAAUGAUCAUCUAUAGAUUCCUUGCGAUCAGCUUCCCCUUUUACAUCAACGGUGUUUCGAGCUCUGUGUGUUCUCUCUUGGCAGCUUACUAUACUACAAUUAUUUCCCAGGCCAACCAAGAAAUCAAUCGCAGCGCUGUAGGGAUAGUGACAAGGGUAACCACCCUAGUUUCUAUGCCCAUUAUAGGUCUUGUCCAGGCCCUGACACCCAUCCUCGGUUAUAACCUGGGGGCCAAGAAACUGGACCGAGUCUACCUUGUCCUCGUUUACACUAGCCUGAUCGGCGUGGUCAUGACCCUGGCCGUCUGGGGGCUCUGCGAGGGCCUGGCCUACCCUCUUAUGUAUCUCUUUGCGGGCGACGGAGAGACGGAGCGGGCCAUUUCCGCCUUGGCCGUGCGGCUCGGGCUGGCCGGGCUUCCUCUCCAGCUGUUCGUGAGCAUCACCGUCUCUGUGUCGCAGAUGAAGCGGAAGACCGUCCUCAGCACGAUACUGCAGCUUACGCGAGCAGCCGUCACCAUCGUGUGCAUCUUCGUCCUGCCGCUCAUCGUCAAGGCGACCAAGAGCCAGGUCGACCCCGUGCACGGCAUCUUCAUCUCGCCCGCGGUCGGGGACGCCGUCUCUGGCCUGGUGUCCAUGAUCAUCUACAUCAAGUGGACCCUGGACUACAAGAAGCAGUGCGAGACAGCCUCCGACGAGUGA